CAUAACAACACAAUAUCAAAACAUUGCAUGAGGUUGCCAAGUAGCAACAUCACCCACACUACCUAUUAUAUUAUUAUAAUCAAAAAAGAAGCGCUAAGCCACAAGGACUAUACAGCCCACACUACCUAGCACUGGCGCAACACACACUGGCAGUGAUGCAACACAGGUUGUGUUGGUUGGCAAGGAUGAACCUGAGUGUCACAGUGAUGGCAGGCGGCACCAGGCUGUAAACAUGGUGGCAGUGUUGUGCCAGGUGGUGGCACUCUGCCACCGGCUGUUUGGCGGGAAUUGGGCAGAUUUGGCGGGCACACAUAACCACUAGGAUGUGUUCCAAAGUUUUAACAGAUUCUCCCACCAAGCUUGCAACACAUGAAGCAUCCUCAGUGGAAUGUUUCAGAAACUACAACACGCAAGAGUCUUUCGUGAAAACUGUGCUUUCUUCCCCUUGCUCGUCAUCUGUCAAGAGGAAGUUAGACACACUUGCAACACCAGUAUCAUCAAAAUCAGGCCUUUCACUUCUCCCAGCUUCUUUACUUUUGCAAAAAAGUUUUGGUUUAAUUGCAUCAAAGGAUUUAAAAGAGAACAAGAUAAGAUCACGUCCUUUCACAGUUUCCAUAGAGGGAAAUAUUGGUAGUGGUAAAUCUACCUUCUUGAAUUACUUCUCAGCCAUACCUGGAGUGAUAACUCAUCAAGAACCUAUUGAUUUAUGGACCAAUCUUAAAGGCCACAAUCUCUUAGGGAAGCUAUAUGAGGAUCCUGAACGUUGGAGCUUCCUCUUUCAGUCAUAUGUUCAGCUCACCCGCCUUAACAUACACCUCCAGCAGAGCAGCAGCUCCGUCAAAUUAAUUGAGAGAUCUCUUCAAAAUAAUCGAUACUGUUUUGUGGAGAGCGGCCAUGACUGUGGACAUCUUAAAGAUGCUGAGUACAGUGUUUUGUGUGAAUACUAUGAAUUACUGGAGUCCCAGUUGGACAUUGGGAUUGACCUUAUUGUGUACUUGAGAUCAACGCCUGAAAUAGUACACAGCAGGAUGCUAAGGAGAGGUCGAUCUGAGGAGGCUGGUGUCCCCCUUGAAUACUUACAGGUGGUUCACAAUUAUUACGAGAAGUGGUUACUGAAUCACGAACCCAAAGAACCUCCAGCCCCAGUGCUAAUUAUUAAUGCUGACCAAGACCUUGAGGAUAUCAAGAAAGAAUAUGACUUAAGAAAGCCUGUAAUCAUGGGUGAGAAACCAUUAUAGCACUAAACAGUCUUCAUUGUUUGAGACUUAAUGCUUAUACCCAGAAUCAUAAUCAUCUUUAUUUUAAGAUGGUAAAUUACAUGUACAGGUCGGCCAUCACUAAUCCGGCAUCAUUGGGACCUGUAGUGUGCCAGAUUAGUGAGUUUGACGGAUUACAUAGUGGUUAGGUUAGAAUACACUUUAUUAACUUAUCAAUAGAGACUCUGCUACAUCUUUCUCAUUUUCAUCACUGCUUUCUCCUCCACUGGCUUGCUGUUGUGGAUUUACAACCAUCUGCACAAUUUCGGAGUCAGUAUAAUGAUGAAAUAAUGCCACAGUUAGUGCCGGAUUACUGAUGGAACCGGAUAACUGAUGGCCAACCUGUACUGUAUGUUUUUAUAUUUGUAAUAAACAAAGAACUCUUAAAUUACAAGGUUUAAAUUAAAAAAAAUACUACAAGUAUUUCACAAAUGAAAGAUUAAGGAAUUUUUAUCAUUAUUUAUGUAUUUUAUUACAUUUCAAAAACAUACCCCGUACAGUUUAUUGUUCUGAUUUAGCUAACUUAUUUAUUGUUUAUUUAAUGCACAUUUCUUGCAUUGAGGUCCAGAUAAGUACAGUAUAAUGUUUUACUUAGGUGUAUGCAUGCUCUCCCUGCUUUUAUAAAUACAGUGGACCCUCGAGUUUCAGCAGCAUCGACUUCGUGAAAUUCGAAUUUCGGCAAGUUUUUUUGGCAAAAUUUGGCCUCGAGUUUCGCGAUUAGACUCAUGAUUCGGCGACCGUCCGAUACCCAUCCGCCUGUCACCGCGCACACCAAGCCAGUCUCCCACGCCAUUCAUGCUCAGUGUGCCAUUGUUUACCAACACGUACCACAUGCGGGAUACCAUCCCACAUGUUUGCGAUGAAAAAGAAAAAGACUCUACCAGCUCUCGCUUCACACAGCGAGGGUCCGGGUUUGAUUCCCAGUGAAGGUAGAAACAUUGGGCAUGUUUCUUUUCACCGGUUGUCUGUGUUCCCCAUCAGUAAAAUGGGUACCUGGGUAUUAGUCAACUGGUGUGGGUCGCAUCCUGGGACAAAAUUGACCUAAUUUGCCUGAAAUGCUCUGCAUAACAAACAUCUUGCGAUAUAGUAGGACAGUACUACCUCGAGUUUCGAACAGCUCCCAACUCGAACAAUUAUGUAAGUGUAUUUUUGUAAGUGCUUUUGUAAGUGUAUUUUUGGGGGUCUGAAAUGGACUAAUCUAGUUUACAUUAUUCCUUAUGGUAACAAAUUUGUUCGGUAUCGGCACUCAAACAUCCUUCUGGAACAAAUUAAGUUUGUAACUUGAGGUACCAUUGUAUGUCAUUGAUGUCAACUAGGCCAGUAUACUUUGUACAUGUACUUGCAGAAAUAGAUAUGUAAAACAAUUACAGGUUUGUCUCACUCACUUGGCAGGACAGUAGUACCUCCCUGGGUGAUUGCUGUCUACAAACCUACUACCUAGAAAGGACUUUUAUCAUUUUAAUAAUAACCAAAUUAUGGAAUGCAUAAAGAAACUUGUUUCUGAAAUCAUAUUUUAUUGCAGAGAUGUCAGACAAACAGGUGUAUUAUUAUUAUAAUCAAGGGGGAAGCGCUAA